AUGCUUCCAUCCAUUGUUAUUUCAAUCGUUUUAGCGUCCUUAGUGUGUGCCGAUUCAUCUUCUAUAACAGAAGCACCAACAACAACUGCUGCAGAUAACCCAUACACUAUCUACCCAAGUGUUGCCAAGACUGCUUCCAUCAAUGGGUUUGCUGAUAGAAUCUACGAUCAAUUACCAGAAUGUGCUAAGCCAUGUAUGUUCCAAAACACAGGCGCAACUCCAUGUCCAUACUGGGAUACUGGCUGUUUGUGUAUUAUGCCAACAUUUGCAGGAGCUAUUGGGUCCUGUAUUGCUAAAAAUUGUAAAGGACAAGACGUUGUUACUGCUACUAGUUUGGGUACAUCCAUUUGUUCUGUUGCUGGUGUCUGGGAACCAUACUGGAUGGUUCCAGCUAAUGUACAAAGCAGUUUAAGUGUAGCUGCUGCUGCUGUUGUUGCAACUUCAGAUAGUGCAUCUGAAACCCCAUCAGUAUCAGGCUCCUCAUCUCAAGUUCCACAAGAAACAUCUUACAGUGUAUCUGAAACCCCAUCAGUAUCAGGCUCCUUAUCCCAAGUUCCACAAGAAACAUCUUACAGUGUAUCUGAAACCCCAUCAGAAUCUUCCUCUGAAGCUCCACAAAAGACUUCAGGUGUUUCAGUUAUUCCAUCGCAAUCUGCUAAUAACUCAUCUGUUGCCAUUUCUGAAAGUGUGGCACUUUCAAGUAGUUCACUGUUGUCCUCAUCAAGCUACGGAAAUUCUACCAUAGAACAACCAUCCACUUCCAUCAAGUCAGAUGUGACAUCUAUUACUGGUCCAGUUACUACAGAUAAAGUUAUAACCAACGAUUCUGGAAUUGUCAUUACAUCCACCGUUAUUAUUACUCAUGUUUCUGAAUAUUGUGAUCAAACUUCUGCUGCUGCUGUUCAAUCAUCAGCAUGUGAAGAACAGUCAAGUGCCAAAUCAGAACAAGCUUCUGCUUCAUCAGAACAAGUUAAGGUUAUCACUAGUGUGGUUUGGUGCGAGUCGUCUAUUCAAUCUGUCGAGGCAGCUAAAUCGAGUGCAGAAGCUGCUCAUAAAACAGAGGUUGUUGCUAGCUGUGCAAGCGAAUUGAGUUCUUUGAGUUCCGCUAAAUCUGAAGCUAUCAAGACUGUUUCUAGCUUGGUUGAAGUUCAAAAGUCUGCAGUUGCCAAACAAACAUCAUUAGCUGCUGUACAAUCAUCUGCUGCUUCCGUACAGUUGAGUGCUGCUCAGACCCAAAAGUCUUCUGAGGCUGUCGCGGUUGCCCAAACUGCUGUCGCUGAAGCUUCUAAAGCUGCUGAUGAAAUUGUAACUGAAGUUGUUAACAUUACAAAGACAGUUACUUCUGGUAAGGAGACUGGGGUUUCCCAAGCAACUUCACCAGCUGCUUCUGCUAGCACUCAUUCUGUUGCUGUUGCUAAUAUGGCAAACACCAAGUUUGCAACCACAAUGUCUUUGUUGGUCGCUAGUUUUGCGUUCAUUGGUCUCUUCAUUUAA